AAUAAAAUGGCCGACAAUAACAUGUCUGCCGAUGGCUACAUAGGAACAACGGGUGUUUCUGGGGAUGAUAGUGGAACUUUGGAUGUUGGGGAGGAUUUCGAUCCAACGUCUGCAGAUGUGGAAUGCGUCGAAGAACAGGUCGACCAACUGACCGCCCCAGAUGAGAAUCUCCCAUGUGAUUACAGAGAAUGGUACCAUGGUCGUCUGGAUCGUCAAACAGCGGAGGUGCGACUCCAGGAAGCGGGCAAGGAGGGGAGCUACCUCAUACGGGAGAGCGACCGCAAGCCUGGUUCCUUUGUCCUCUCCUAUCUUGGCAAGGCCAAUCAGCUGACACAUUUUCGAAUCAUCGCCAUGUGCGGAGACUACUACAUAGGAGGCCGUCAGUUUGAGUCUCUGUCGGAUCUGAUCGGGUACUACACACAGUGGUCAUGGCUCCUGAAGGAGGAACAGCUGCGCUACCCUGUACCCCCUCCAGAGCCUGUGGAUGACCGACGGCGAGUUGUGGCCAUGUUGUCCUACCGGAAGAUCCCAGACACAGAUGAACUAAGUUUUGAGAAAGGCGAAACGUUCAUUGUGCAGAAUGAGCUGGAGAAUGGCUGGCUGUGGGUGACGUCAGUGAAAAAUGAUGAGAGCGGCAUCAUCCCCGCUGCCCUUGUGGAAGACCUGAAUGGUACAGAUGAUCCAGUUGAUAGGUGUCCGUACUUCCACUGCAAUAUCACAAAAGAUGAAGCUGUAACAAAACUAGGUCAUGCUGGACCUGGCAGCUACCUGGUGCGUCCAAGUGACAAUUCUCCCGGUGCUCUCUCACUGUUUUUCCUUAGUGAUAUGGUCAGACGCUUUCGUAUUGAAAAGAAGGGCAAGAAGUUGUUUGUAGGAGGGCGCUACUUUGACAGUCUGGAUGGUAUUAUUGAGCGGUACAGGACAGAGGAGAUAGUGGAAGGGUACAAGCUGGUCAACCCAGUGUAUAGGGAUAAUAUUGAUGCAUUUGAUGGUCAUCUGGACAAGCGGUUAACUCUGUCUGAGAGGAACACACUAUAUGCAUCUAUAAUGAGAUCUGGACCAAGUUUGCUGAACAAUCGUGAUGACCGCAUUGAGAUGACAGGUUACCUGUACAAGAGAAGUGAGAAGACGAAGAAGUGGAAGUACUUCUACACAAUGUUGAAUGGAACAGAAAAGCAUUUAUACCUGUUUGAGAAUGAACGACGAUCAAGACCAAAGGACUUGAUAGAGCUGCAGUACAGCUGUUUGUAUCCUGUCCACGACAGCUUCUUUGGAAGACCAUACUGUUUCCAGCUGGUGUCCAACUACAACAAUAACCAUGUACAGACCUGUUACCUUUGUGCUGAUAGCGGGGAUGUCGCACAGAAAUGGAUCCAUGCUCUUAAGCCCUACUGUAACAAUACACCUCUAAAGCGUCAGAGGAGCCUGAAGGAGCUACACAGUCUGUCAAUCAUCAUAUACGAAGCUCAUAAACUCCACAACAAGUAUCUUAACCACCCGUAUGCCGUGGUCAGUCUGAACGAGGUGAAGGUCGGCAGGACAGAGGUCGGCGAGUCAACUAAUCCUGUCUGGGAGCAAGAAAUUGAUCUGGACGAUAUUCCGAAUGAUAUCGAAACAUUUUCUGUGACACUGUAUAACAAGGUGAAGAGGGCAAAAGAAACAAAAGUUGCUGAGGUGCAGAUCCGACUAUCUGAGCUGGACUCACUGGACCAAGUGGACGACUGGUUUAUCCUCCGGCCAGCAUCCCCCAACAUCAAGGGGGAGAUGGGCAACAUCAGACUGAAGGCACACUACCUGCAUGAAAUCAUCAUGCCUUUGGAGGAGUACACAAGUCUCAAGGAGCUGUUGUUGGGUGAUAACUAUGAAAAUGUCAUCACGUUAUCAAAAGUAUGUGCCAAACACGAAUGGUUGGGUCUGUCCAAAUCCCUGCUGCGGAUCUUCUGCCAUGAGAAGAAGGAAGCCAGGCUUCUGAGGACACUAAAUAACUUAGAGAUAGACAAAGAAGUUGAAGUGUCCCAGCUGUUCCGAGGCACAUCCCUGGCCACAGCCAUGAUGGACCAGUACAUGAAGAUGACUGCCACGACAUUUGUACAGAUUGCUGUCAAAGAUUUGGUACAAAAGAUUGUCGAUAGCAAACAGUCAUGUGAACUUAAUCCAGCUUUUCUAGAAAACCCAUCAGAUGCCAAAUCAAACCAAGAGUAUUUUCUCAGUCUCCUCAACAAUGUCAUAGAAUCCAUCUUCAAGGCAACAGAAUACUGCCCCACGGUGCUGAGAUACAUCUGUGGCUGCCUCCAGAGGAAAGCCCAGGAGAAGUGGCCUGACGAUGAAACAGUUAAAACAAGGGCUGUCAGUGGUUUCAUCUUUCUUCGAUUGUUGUGUCCUGCGAUUCUGACCCCAAAGUCUUUCAAUCUUGUCUCAGAAAAUCCGUCAGAAACAGCUGCACGGAACUUAAAGUUGGUUGCCAAGGCGAUACAAAACUUAGCCAACCUUGUGGAGUCCGGGCACGAAGGUGUUGUCCAUGUCGACUACCCGAACCGCUGGAGUUCGCCUCCCGAGGGAAGCCUGCUUCCAGCACGCAUCCGGGACAAGGCCUCACACUCCCCGCCAGUCUGCCGUUCUUUCCCCUUCACAGCUCAACGCUGUAUGCUCCACUGGCGCGAUCUCUCAGCCGCUGAGGGAGCUGGUGGAAAGGGGAGAGCCCGGUGGAAUUUUUUCGCCGGGCGACUCUGGGCUGCAUCUGACGGGGCAACUCUCAUCUGGCUAGGGACUGCAUUGUAG